CGGUGGGAUGUUUGGAUGGCCCAAUUAGGCCUACCGCUUCAUCGUCUCGCAGCCUCAGCAAAUUCCACUGUUCGUUCAAACGCAAGCCUGAAGCGCAAGCUCCGCCACACCACUCACCUGGAACAGCAACCAUGGCUACUUGUUUUCGCGCACUACCAAUAAACUAUUCAAUACCAUAUUCAACUACUAAUUUUCAAUCGCUCAACAGAAGAAAUCUCAGAAUUAAUUCCUCUUCAAUUGGUGCAAGAAAUUCAGCUAAGGUCCCUAUGCCCCCUAUAAACCCUAAAGAUCCUUUUCUCUCUAAGCUCGCUUCCCUGGCUGCCAAUUCACCAGAAAAGCUUCUUGAGCGACCUGUGAGUUCCGAUACGCCGCCGUAUCUUGACCUCUUCGACUCUCCCCAGCUCAUGGCCAGCCCUGCUCAAGUUGAACGAUCAGUGUCGUACAAUGAGCACCGGCCAAGGAAGCCACCGCCGGACUUGCCUUCAUUGCUUCUCCACGGGAGAAUAGUUUAUAUCGGCAUGCCUCUGGUGCCUGCUGUCACAGAGCUUGUUGUUGCAGAAUUGAUGUACUUGCAAUGGGUGGAUCCCAAAGAACCGAUAUAUUUGUACAUAAAUUCCACAGGAACGACACGUGAUGAUGGUGAAACAGUUGGAAUGGAAACAGAGGGCUUUGCUAUUUAUGAUUCAAUAAUGCAGUUAAAAAAUGAGAUACAUACAGUUGCUGUUGGAGCUGCUAUUGGCCAUGCUUGUCUACUACUUGCAGCAGGAACAAAAGGCAAACGGUUUAUGAUGCCACAUGCAAAAGCCAUGAUCCAGCAGCCUAAAGUCCCUUCUUCUGGACUGAUGCCUGCAAGUGAUGUUCUCAUCCGUGCAAAAGAGGCAAUAACUAACAGAGAUACCCUUAUUGAACUUCUGGCCAAGCAUACUGAAAAUUCUGUAGAGACUGUAGCUGAUGUAAUGAAAAGACCAUUCUACAUGGAUUCUAGAAGAGCUAAAGAAUUUGGGGUAAUUGACAAGAUUCUUUGGCGUGGUCAGGAAAAGAUAAUGGCAGAUGUUAUCUCUCCAGAAGAAUGGGACAAGGUAGCCGGCCUUAAAAUUGCAGAUCCAUUCUAGUGGUGCUUUAGAAAUGGUUUGUAAUUCUAGUUGUGGUGCAGCUCCAUGGGAAUAGGACAGGGUGCCUGGGAGUAAAUUUGCCGAGUCACUAGUAUUUGUUCCUUUGCUUCUGAUAGCUUAAUAUUUUUGUGGGGAUAUGCUUUUUAGAGUCGAUUGUAAUUGCUGAUGCCCACAAAGUUGUCUUUGAUAAAGUUUGACGCCCUGUGUGACUUCAAAGAUCUGAGUCUAAAACGAUAUAUUUGAAAGCCUUGUAGUAGGAACAAUGAAAAUACCUUAUCUUUUGUUAUUAAAGAUGUUCGAGUCCGUACAA